AUGUGCAUGAAAGUCUUCGCCCUCCAACGCUGCCUCAGCCCCGAAAACGGCGGCUGCGGCGACUACUUUGCAGACUACCUCGAGCAGCGCGAAUGCAACCACAUGGCCCUCCCAGGCCUCCCGCAACACUACUGCCGCGCCGUCUGGGCCGGCUUCGAAGACGAGCGCAGCGCCAAAGCCAUCCACCGCGACGAGUACGCCAAGCGCGCCCACAAGCUCUGCGCGGACUGCCGCGUCCGGCACCGGCUCGCCUACCUCGAUAGCGAGGCGCAGGUGGAGCGCCGGGGCGAGUAUUCGGAUCGUAUGAAGACUAUCAUUGAGGACCUGACGCGGCGUGCGGAUCUGGGGCAGAUGGAGUUUAUGAACCGGGUGUAUCGCGACAUGUGGGAUGCUGCGCUGGGGUAUGUUCAGGGGAUGGCGAAGACGACGGACGGGGUGUGGAACGGGAUUGAGGGGGCACUUAGGCGGCACUUUGGGGAUAGCGGGAUGGAGAUGAAUGUCGUGGGAAACCUGGUUCGGGACUUGAGGAUGGCGAAGAAGGAGUUGCUUGAGCAGGUGAUGACUUCGACGAGAGAGAUGGCCACGGCGCUGGUUGGGCCGAAUAUGGAUUUCCAGCAGGAUCUGGAGGCUGGUGGGUUUAGAUCUGGAUACAUCACUGAGGAGUGGAAGCUGCAGAGAAUGGCGGCUGUUGAUGCCACGAGGGCGAAAGCCGAAGCUGGGGACCUCGAAAACGACGACGAGAUGGGGCGAGACUAUGAUUCGUCUGGAUCGGUUGGUUAUAUGAACAAGCCGAAGCCUACAAGACCCAAGUCUAUCGGCGACAUAGAGGUUUUCGUGGAACAGGACCUUUCCACGCUCCGGAUCUGGCCCGGAGCGCCCCGCCAGGAGCAUAUCCGCUCGGUGGGGCCAGCGGAUCUCGACUCAGGGCCACCCAAUCGUUGCUGGUACAUGAGCCCUCAGUUCUCGCCGGUCAGCAUGGAUCCUGGACUCGCUUCAGUAUCUUCCACUGGCGUUGUGGCAGAGUGGUCUAAUGCGCAAGACUAG